GAAAUUCCUAAGUUGACUUGCAGAAGAAGCCAUCUGAAGAUGCCUGUCCACUAGUUAAGAAAAGAAACCUAGAAACUUACAGCAGAUCUUAUUAACAUUUCCUGUCAAUGACAAAAGCAUAUACAACAGAGAUGAAGAAAAAACAAAACGGCGAGGAAAUGUGACAAGUACUCUUACUGAUCUGAGAGUAGACAAAGGAGAAUAAAAUAUAUAUAUUUUUUUGAGUCCACUGAUUUACAGUUAAUUGGCAUUAAAGUACAAAACCACUCUAAAUGCAUACUUUGGGGACGACUUCAGCUCUGAGGUUACUGAUCUUCAUGCUAUCAGGUAACAAUUUAUUUCUGGUGACACAGGAAACUGAGAACCAACUAAUACCACCAUAUGAAGCUACUACUUCACUGCUUGCACAUUUGGAUACGAAGGUUGUGCUCUCUUGUCCUCGAGUUACACUCACAAAUUUAGUUGUAGCAACCUGGGAAAUAAUCAUCAGAGAUAAGCUUCCCUGCACGCUGGCCUACAGGAAAGAUAAAAAUGAGACCAACAAAAGUAAUUGCCCUGAUGGGAGAAUAACCUGGGCCUACAGACCUGAUGAGAAUCCUGCCCUUCUGAUUCAUCCAGUCACAGAUGCUUAUGAAGGUGGUUACAUUUGUAAUCUUAUAACAGCGGAGGGGAAUUUCCAGCACACAUAUCACCUUCAAGUGUUGGUGCCUCCUGAAGUCACCCUGUAUCUACUUGAGAACAGAACUGCAGUGUGCCAGGCAGUUUCAAGGAAGCCGUCUGCACAGAUCUCCUGGACUCCAGAGAGAGACUGCACCACUGAACCAGUAAAUCGAGACAACCAUACUGUGACUGUACAGAGUAAAUGCUAUUGGGCAGAAAGUAAUGCAUCUACUGUGAUUUGCUUUGUCUCCCAUUGGACUGGCAACAAAAGUCUGUCCAUAGAGCUGGGCCAAGAAAAAUCCUUGAAAUGA